CCGAAAUCACCAGGUACCAAGUUUACCAGAUGCCGAAUUUACCGGAUGCCGAAUUCAUUAUUCUCGGUGCCGAGUUCCCCAGGUGCCGAGCUUACCAGGUACCGGGUUGAUCAGCAUUCUUAUUAAUGAGGUCAGUUAUGCGUUUGAAAUAAUACGAUUAAAUUAAGCAUAAAUCCAAGCGUGCGCCUGAGAAUGAUUGAUGAAAGAAAACAAACGACAGGGAUAACAAACAAUGAAAUAUGUUUGCAGAUGUUGAGGAGUCCCAAAUAGCGAAAAUGAUGGAUGAGAAAGAUUCUGUUAGUACUCAACGUACUGUAAAAAGAUCUGUUAAUUUAUUCCGCAGCUUCCUGGUUGAAAAAAGAGGAAGCGGGGAAUUCGAAGGCCUAUCCAAGCAAGAGCUAAACGAGAAUCUGCGACUUUUUUAUGUUUCAAUUCGAAAAAAAACAGGAACGAACCUGAAAGUGAAUUCAUUAAACAACAUAAAAUAUGGUCUUUCUAAAUAUUUGAAAGGCACUUGCAAAAUUGACAUUCAAGGUCCAGAAUUCAACGAUUCAAAUGAAGUGUACAAGGCCGCCCUCACAGACAUGAAAAAGAAGGGUUUUGGAUUCGUGGAUCAUAAACCAGCCAUUUCCUCAGAGGACCUAAAAAAGCUGUAUAACUUGGAGAGCAUUGUAUUCAAUGUUGAUACACCAUGGGGAUUACAAAACAAGGUCUGGUUUGAUAUAAAGUUCUACCUAUGCAGACGGGGUGGAGAGAACCUCCGGAGAAUGACAAAAGAAACGUUUGUGAUUAAAACUGAUGCAACUGGAAGAGAAUAUGUGUUCCAGGCAAUCGACGAAGUUGACAAAAACCACGGAUCCAAUGCAGCACCCAAUGAGACAAUUGGAGAAGAAAGAAUGUAUGCACAGCCACAUUUAGAAAGCAUGUGCCCUGUGAAUUCAUUUAGAAAGUAUUUGUCAAAGCUUCACAUGAAAUUAGAUGCUUUGUGGCAGCGUCCAGUAGAGGCUUUUUCAGAAGAAAGUACAGCAUGGUACUGCAGUUCUCCAUUAGGAAAAAACACUUUAGCAUGCCUAAUGUCUGAAAUUUCCAAGAAAGCCAAGUUGUCUCGCAUAUACACCAAUCAUUCAAUUCGUGCAACAGCUAUUACAGCUUUGGAUCAACAUGUUGAAGCAGAGAUCAUGGAGAUAGAGGCAAGACACAUUAUGCAUGCUACAGAGGAGAGGAAGGAAUCAUCAAUUAGAUGCUCUGAAUGUCUUCUGGACCAGCCAAAGGAAAGAGAAAUGUCCCAUUACUUCAGCUCAUCUUUAGGCACUGUUUGUAGGAAUCCUACCCAAACCCACAUGGAUCAAGAAAAUUCAUGUGCAAGUCUAAAACAAGAGCAUCUCGAUGCAGUUUUUAAUGACUCAACAUUCGACGAAUUCUCAUCCUCAUCGAGCAGUCAACAACAAGAGGCCAAGGAUGAGGAGCGACCCCCUCAGGUCCUCUACCGCUGCGGUGAGGAGUACUUCAUGCAUCAGGUCUCCUCGACUACCAGCCCGCCAUACCAGAUACCUCUCAUCGGAACUCCUCCAGAGUUACCCAGACCUAUCAGUGAAGGCAGCGCGGAGGGGGCAUCACAGUCGUUUAUUUCCACAUCGUCCAAUAGUGCCCAAGAGUCCAUAUCAGGCAAGACCCAUGCGUAUCAAAGGGAACAACCUCCUUCACCACCAAUAGUACAGCAACAAGUUAUCCUUGACUUGACUAACACGGUCAUAAAGUGUGAGACCGAACCUAUUCAUGCUCCAAGUAAUCCCAAGGACAUUGCAAAUGAGCCCAAAGUUUCAGCCAAAUGCAAGAUAUUUGAAAUAUCCAAAUUUCUUCGCAUGCAAAUCCAGGACAAAACUUUAAUCCAUGUCAGGAGAUCAAAUGUUCUGUCAGAUGUCUUGAAAAUCUACCAGAGAAGUCCAGAGAUAGUUCAGCGAGAUUUUAACGUCUGCUUCGAAGAACACUCCCGUGACAACGAUGUGUGUCAUGUGCCAUUGUCGCCGCACGCAUUAUUUGUGCAGUUUUGGCGGGAAGCUUUUGCCCAUUUUUUCGCAGGCAACCAAGAAUCAGUCCCUAUCAUUGAUGUCUCCAUAGAUCCUGACUUUUACAAAACGCUUGGUCAAAUCCUUUACCAUGGGCUAAUACUGUUAGACUAUUGGCCAGUCAAGCUAUCACAGGCUUGCGCAUGCGUCAUGAUACUAAACACGUGUUCGGAUAGACAACUCCUUACGUCACUUCAUCGGACCAUGUCAGACCAGGAAAGAUUUGUAAUCACUGAAGCAAAGAGAGAAAUCCGAUCCGGCUGCUCUGAAUUUUCCAUGCAGACAACCAAAAGCUUGUAUCAGGUAUUGAGAUUAUAUGGCAACACACAAAGACCACGACCUGGGAAUCUAGAGCAACUUCUUCUGCAGAUGUCAAACUUUUACCUAAAGCAGAAAUCCUAUUGGGCAUUGUAUGAGAUGAGGAGCGGACUGCAAUCCUUCAUAUCCGACUUUCUCAGCCACUUAGAGGAACAGGACGUGUUCUCGUUUUAUUCUCUUCUCAUGCCAAACGCUUUAUCAUUGUUUGAGAAGACAAUCUACAUGUUUUCUGCAACCGACAACAGCAUUCAUGAAAUGGAAGAAAAACGAGUAAAGAUGUAUUUUGAGAACUUUGUUAUGAAGCUUAACUGUGAAACUCUUUCGACAUUACUCGUGAAAUGGUGUUAUUCGGAUUGUCUCUGCAUGGAACAUUUAUAUGUGCGUUUCUUGGCGAAUUCGAUUUCGGAGAGGCCACAUUUUGAUCCAAACGAGACCACGCUGACGUUGUCAUCUGUGUACACGUCACAAGAGGAACUACACCAGCUGAUGAUGUCAGAACUGGAAUCGUAGUUAAUUUGCAUAACCUUCAUUUUGUGUUUAAAACCAUUCUGUGUGAACAUUAUUUCAUUGAACAUUAAAGUCCAAAAACAUAUAAUAUACAAAUAAAGAACCCAUGUUAUUAUGGAUUUAUACAUAUAGUACAUGUAUAUAUAUGUACAGAAAUAUUAUAUGUGUUUCGUGAAAAAGGGACAAAGGACUGUAGGUUCAUGGUCAAAGCAAGCUCUAUGUCCUUUGCCUUAUGUGAAACAGUAUGAACUUUAUUAAAUUCUUAAUGCUAAUGUAUUCUUGUAAAUAUCUGUUUAUGCUAUUCCUUAUCAUAUCGCAUAAGAUAUCAGUUAGCA